AAGAUGAGGCAGUGCAUCUGGGUGUUCCUGGUGGGGGUGGUGGUGCCCUUGGUGACCUCCCUGGUGACCUACACCUUCGUUUCCAUGGGUAGUGAAGCACUGGCAGUCGACGAGAUUGGUGCCCUAAUCAUCAUGGUCACCAUUGUCAAGCUGGUGCUGCUCUCUACACAAGGCAUCUUCCCCAUCGACAUGAACGAGGUGCUUCAUCAGAUCAUCCAGAGAGGCAAGAGGUCAACCAACGAAGAUGGGACUUUCAACAACAGUUCUCUGUAUCAGGUCCCCGCGGUAGACGAGAUGCCUUGCAUCAGGAGAUUCCUGUGUGAAGUGGAGGUGGCCACCAGGACCAGCGAUAACUACCUCCCGAAGGAACCCGAGGCCGUGAACGACCGGAUACUGGAGGAGGAGGUAGCCCCAGAGGAGGUCGACCCUAUCUCUGAGAUGCAGGUGGAGGCGGUUCGAGCCCUCUACAGGGAGGAGGACCCGACGGGGGAACUGUCAGAGAGGGGGCGACGCGCCCUACAGGUGGUGGAGUCGAUGACGGGGCCGGCCUGUGAGAUGGCCUACAAGCUCUGUCCUGGACGGUUCACGGCUCCUUUGAUCUACCGCACCAUCUUUGAAGAGAUUAAUUUGGCGGUCAGCGAUCACGAUUAGACAGCAGACCCUACAGACAGGACGGGGGCUGCAGACAGCUGGCUGACAGCAGACCAGAAGACAGACUCGGAAGCCCCCCUUUAGACAGCACCGAUCAGCGCAGACUACAUUGCGACUACAGAACAACCCAUUGCAGACGGCAGACAGACGGGGUGGACUAAGCAGACCAUACUACUGACCAACAUAAGACAGUUGAACAGCAGAGACAGGAAGACAGACGUACACGAGAGGUUAAAUAAGACGGACAGAAGCUAAUGACGCAACACCGACGGAAUUUAGAAAAAGAUUGUUGAUAUAUAUCGCAAAACAGUCCGGAUGUUCUGUCCUGUUGUGUCAUUCAAGUUGUUCAUUCUGUUCUACUAAAGAUAACAUUAUAUGUUCAUCUUCUGCUAUCACGAUAACUGAUUUCGACAGAAAAGUAGUGUUCAUUAUUUUCACAGAACUUUAUUCAUCAUUUCUUCUCUUUGUGGAGAUUUUCAAUCGAGGAAAAUAGGUGAGGACUCAGGCGAUGAGUCACAAUAACGUGGCUGAAGUUAUGUUGACCAGACCACACACUAGAAGGUGAAGGGACGACAACGUUUCGGUCCGUCCUGGACCAUUCUCAAGUCGAUUGUAACUGCGUAACUGCUUCGUGAAUCUGGCCCCAGGCCAGUAACACAUUUCCGUUUGCAUAGCUGAAAAUAUACAGGUGUUUGGCCGACGUAUAUGUGUGUGUUUGACAUGUAAACAUUUGCCGGUUUGGCACCUUAUUUUGACAAUUACUUGAAAUAUUGUGGUUAUGUAUUCCAAGCUUGUGUUACAGGAUUCUAGCUCUUUUUUAACUGCUCUCUCUCUCUCUCUCUCUCUCUCUCUCUCUCUCUCUCUCUC